AGUCCAUGAUACGAAAAAAUCAAAAUUCUUUUGUUGUUAAAAUUUUGGUCAAAUUUUCACAAAUUUUUCCUUAGUUCGCUGACGAAUUAACUUUUCUGUCAAAUUUUAGACACACGGUGUCAUUUCCAGCACAGACCCCGUUAAUCACUCGUCUUAUCACCACGUCAAGUACCCCGAUAUCAGUCUACAAAACUUGUUACUUAGCCGUGUCACAAUGUCAUCAACACUUUAGAUCUACAACCAGAUUACACUUCAAACGACUUUAAUAAUUGUCGUCGAACAUAUGGCCAUUGAGCCUCGACAAAUAAGGUGUAGAGGUAGCCUCUCCUAGGCUUUGUCUGUAAAUUCGAAGAGACAUAGCCUGAUUGAGGCUAACUCUAGCCUCAGCAUCCGCAUCAAAGACAAACCCCCAGUCAUCACCGUUAAGAAACCUUGAAGUAUGUUGUAACCACCAUAAAUCUUUAAUUAUUAUUAUUAAUUUUUUAGAGACGAGACGUGAGAUUUCCACUUUCCUCCGCUUUAUCGCAUCGCUGGUAAUAUGGUGUCAUUGUAAGUCGUAACCGUAAAAGUUUAAUUGUGAGAUUUUUGCAUAAUUUUUAACAAAUUUGUAAACACAGCUCCUAUCUUCGAAUCACAGGCGUGAUUUAGCGUGAAGCUACAAGUAAAUUGUUUACUAAUUAAUUUGUGUAGCUUUCUAGACGUUUCAAACCUGAGAAUUUUUCUAAAAUUGGUCCUUCCCCGGAGAAAUUUGCUUAAUAAAACGCGAUUAUCGCAACUCCAAGACCUGAAAGCGCAUUUUGAUUGUCUCCGAUUGAAUAAGACCCCUUAGAUCUUUGAUGGUUCUGCACGUGUCGUAAUAACGCCAAUUAGAAAUUAUCCAACUUUACGAUGUUUGCCUUUCGAGAAAACAACAAAAAGCAUCCAGUGAAAGUGCAAGAAAUCCAUAAGCCACGGAUGGAGGGAUGGGCUGGGAAGGGAAGAUGCGCCAUGAUGGGGGAUACGUAUAUAGCCAUUAUCCAUAAUUUCCGACCAGAUGGGCGCCAAAAUCAUGCGAGUUCAGUGAAAGCGUGCCCGCGACCCAAAAAACCAACACGCGCCGGAUUAGCGUAAAUUCGACGGUUGGAUGAAGGAUAAUGUUAAGAAUCUUAAGUAUUUCAGUGCUUUGUUUUGUUGCUAGUGAAUGCCUCUACCACAAAAUUCGCAAACGAUGGGUGGAUAUAGAAAACGCUACUUUUACGUUUGAUUGUGCGGAUAGGGCGAUUGGGUUUUACGCAGACGUGGAAUAUGACUGCCAGAUUUUCCACAUGUGCGAUCCCGAGGGACGGAGGAUCCCGCAUCUGUGUGCGAACGAUACGAGUUUUAACCAGGAGUACAGGAUCUGCGACUGGGCGAACAAUUUCGACUGCUUAGAGGCGCCAAAAUGGUACUUCCUCAACGAGCUAACCUACGCCACAGAUCCCCCCAAGGACGCCGAUGACGACUACACCUCCAAUUAAAACCGCCAACAAACACUUAAUUUAAACCUAAAUUAUUAUAUUUUUAAAAUAAUUGAAAUAAAUUUUCGACAAAACAAA